AUGGAUCUAUUUUCUAGUGAUUUCACUCUAGGAAGGAAUGGGGAUGCUAAUGAUAUCUUUUUAAAUUUAAAUGAUGUAUUGUAUAGUGAUGUUGACUUAUCAGUAACAUCAUUCAGCUGCUUAACACAUGAUGAAGAAACAUCACCACCACUUGACACAAGGAUGACCUUGAAAUCGCCUUGGAAUGAUUCAGACAGUGGAGUCUCAGAAAAUGUAAGGGAGAUUACUAUUGCAAGUCCAGAAAACAAUUUAGAUCUAGAAACUUUCAGUGACCAUAAUAUUAAUACUAGAUCUAAUAGAUUCAUAAUUAGAUCUAAAUCUGAAAUAAACUUGUUUGGUUUUGAAAAUGAAAAGCCAUGUUGGAAUAUUGAAUUUGAUACUGCUAAUGAGCCAAAUAAUUGUCAAAAUAGUUUCAAUGAAAACAAUUAUCUUGCCAAACAGCAAGAAAUAUCGAGAUCUAAUCAUUUUGAAUUGGUCAAUACAGACAUGAACAAAUCACCUCAGGCUGCUGUGACUGUACUCACUUUAAGCCAAAAUGACCAUUCGAAGCUUGCAAACUCAGUCGAUACAAUCAGAUCAACAAAUUCAACUUCAAAUUGUAAAUCUAGAUUUACUUCUAUCUCAUCAGGUGCUAGUAGUGCCUCUGACUUGGAAUCAGAAAGAACAGACACAGAGUUUAAAAAAUCUCUAGAGAAAGAAAAUAAAUCACUCAAUUUGUCUUACAAAAAUAAAGAGUAUAAUUUAUCUUCUAAUGAAGUUGAUUGUGACAGAUCUAGAAAUAAAAAUGCUAUUCAAGCUAAACUCAACCGUGAAAAGAAAAAAGCCUAUGUAAAAGGAUUAGAGCUGGAAGUUGAAGCUCUGAAAAAAGACAAUGCAGAGCUCAAUAGUGAAAAUAGUCAUUAUAAACUUGCAAAUGAAGAACUUGAGAAAGAAGUUGAAUAUCUCAAAUCUGUACUUGUUAAUUCAAGUGCGCUAUCUUCUAUUUUGAAAAACAUCGGUAACACAUGUGCUGUGAAUCUUUCCUCUUCCAUUAUGAAUAGAAAGCGCAAAUUAGAACACACAGCCUGUGAGACCACACCAAGUGGAUCCGGGCUGUCAAAUAAAAGAAUGAGCGCAGGCAUAUGUCUUCAUGUGAGUGAUUCGCAGGCAAGUUUAGAACUGUGUGCACAUUGUGCUGCCAUGGCGCAGAAUACAUUUGACAACUCAGAAGUGUAGCUAAAAUGUCAUAUUGGUGAGGUUUAGAAAAAAAACGAAGACUUCUCACUUGGCAUUUGAGGACAAGAGUGGUUUCAAGAGAAGUUAAAUGGUUUUCUUGUAUAUUUCUUAAUGUCAAAAUGUACUAUAAUAUAUCAAAUGUUACAAUUUUUUUUUUUAAAUAACCUUGACUUUACU